UUCCUCUCUGGCCCUUUGUAGCAAGCAAGAGGUCUUCAGGAUAAGACCUCCCCAAGCAGUGCGAUCUGGACCGUAGCUGAGAACGUACUGCUCUCCCGAACCUCGGAAUCUGGGUGCAAGGGCAGGGUGGGUCCAAAAAGGUUUGUGGCGCCUGGGGCUUUGGAAUCACGUAACAAUGUGGGCGGAGCCUGAAAGGCAAGGAACUGUUCAGGGUCCUGGCAAAAGAAAUUCCACCGCAGCUUGGGUGCGUGGCAGGCUGAGAUGGUGCGACUCUCGGAGCGUUCCCUGCGGCAGGAGAAGGAGUUCAUCCUAGAUGGGGUGGCCUUGAGCACCAUGGCCAGCUCUUACCAACGCACUUUGCCCAAGCUCUGGUCUGCUAUACCUCCUUACAACGCACAGCUGGACGUCCACGCGCGCUCUUACUUCCAGUCUCCCGUGGUCCAAUCCGUGUUGCGAAAAACAGACCAGACACAUGGUGGGACAAGUCAAGAUGGCUGGAUAGUAGAUUACUUCCACAUCUUUGGGCCGGGACAGAGAUAUCUGAACAGGAGAAAUUGGGCAGGGGCAGGACACUCCCUUCAGCAGGUGACUGGACAUGACAGCUUCAAUGCAGAUCUCAGAACGAUCCGGGGUUAUAAUGGGCGAUUUGGCUAUCGCCGAAAUACUCCUGCCCUUCGCCAGCGCACAUCAGUUUUUGGAGAAGUCACUGCAUUUCCAUUAUUCUAAUAACAGCCUCAUCUCACUGGUUUUCCUCCCUAUUCCUUACCCUAUUUCGCAGUAUAUACAUUUAAAUAAAUUUUGAUUUUUAA